UAAAAAGAGGUUUCUUCCACGGACAUCAGCUGAAGCUCAACCAUCGACGUCGACCUCUCUAGUUGACUAUUUCUCGCCUUUUUACGAACAUUGUUCCUCAACUGCAGCCAUGGCACGAAUGGAAAAAGCCAUUAAAGACAUUGUGGACAUGUUUCUGGAGUACGCCAAUGGUGAUGGCAAGCUGAGCAAGGAUGAACUGAAGAAAAUGAUAGAGAAAGAAAUCCAAAACCCAGAGCUAAAAGCAAAGAUUUGUGCAGUCGACUUUGACAAAGCCAUGAAGAGAAUGGACAAGAACCGUGAUGGAGAGAUUGACUUCAAAGAGUUUUUAAAGUGUAUGUCUAGCAUGGCCAAGUGCUACCACCAUAAGAAGACGGGCAAUGGCAAAGAAUGCGAAGAACACUGUAGUUAAAGACCUGCAGGAAAUAAAAAGGGUAUGAGCAAAAACACUUUGUGUUGCUUGUGGAGUGAAAGUAAAAAUUAAACAAGAAUAGCAGCCUGA